AUGACCAACGAAGAUGACCUCGCAGUGUACGAUGAACCCCGUUCGGCCCGCCAGGAAGAGUUCGAUAGCCUCAACACGUCCGUCAAGCUCGAAAGGUUAAACACAUUGAUCCAGCGGUCGCAGGUGUACUCGCAGAUCAUGGCGGAGAAUAUAUUGCAGAACACCAUGGACAAGAAACAGGCCAGGGGAAUAGCCGCUGACACGUCUGAGAAUCAUCCUUCCAAGCGUAGGAAGGGUGUAAAACGACAGACAAAGACUCCCAAACACGACGUGGUAUCGAUGCUUUCGGCACCAUCCGCCGAAAUGUCUACCCACAAGCAGCCACGGUUGUUCUCGGGAGGCACGCUCAAGGACUACCAGUUGGACGGUAUGGAGUGGUUGAUCACGUUGUUUGAAAAUGGGUUGAAUGGGAUAUUGGCGGACGAGAUGGGGCUCGGGAAGACGAUCCAAUGCAUUGCGUUCUUGACGUUUCUUAUGGAAAACGGCAUCAAUGGCCCCUUUCUUAUUGUGGUGCCGUUGUCGACUAUUUCCAACUGGUGCAAUGAGGUCAAACGGUUUGCGCCGUCGCUCAAGAUGUUGAAAUACAUCGGAUCGAAACAAGAGCGGUCUGACCUCGCCAUAAGCUCUGAUUAUAACAUCGUGUUAACAUCGUACGAGAUAUCUAUCAGAGACUUUUCCAAGCUCAACCGCAUCAACUGGAAAUACCUCAUUGUCGACGAGGGCCAUAGGUUAAAGAAUAUGAAUUGCACAUUGAUCAAGUUCUUGAAAAAGCUAAAUGUGAAUAAUAAGCUUUUGAUUACGGGUACCCCGUUACAGAAUAAUCUCGACGAGUUGUGGUCGUUGUUGAACUUUAUACUCCCUGAUAUUUUCCACGACUUGGAUCUAUUCCAACAAUGGUUCAAUUUUGAUGAAUUGACCAAUUUCCAGCAACAGAAUACUGGUAACGACGAUGAAACAAACCGCUUGAUUGAAAUGAAUAUCCAGGAGAGCUUGGUCAAGAAUUUGCAUACCAUUUUGAAGCCGUUUAUCCUAAGACGGUUGAAGAAAGAUGUAAUCCGCAAUUUACCUCCCAAGAAGGAAUACAUCAUUCAUAUAUCUCUCAGCACCUUGCAGAAAAAGUUGUAUAAUGAUGCGUUGAAUAAUAAUUUGUUGUUUGGAUUACUAGAAGUAUACUUGAAGGAAUAUAUUCACUAUAACCAUGGUGAUUUGUUUGAUGCGUCUGAAAUCACUAAGUUAAUGGAGAAGAAAUUAGCAGUGAUACCUGCCGAGAAGCGGUCAAAACUUGGAUCGUUCAAAGAAGCCGAUAGUGAUGACGAAUUUGAUUAUAUCGAAGAACAUAUCGAUAACUCGAAACCAGAGUUAGAUGAGAAGCAAAUUGCAAAAUUACCCAAGAAAAAAAGAAAAGAAUACAUUUUUGAUAACUUGUAUUAUAAGUGUCUCAAACGCUUAAAGCAUCUAUCGUUACAAAACUUAAUCAUCCAGUUAAGAAAUAUCUGUAAUUCGCCAUAUAUAUUCUACGAACCAUUUGAACCAUAUUCUAAUAAGGAUGCUCAAUUUAUGGACUUGUUAUUGCGCAAUUCGUCAAAGUUCAAAGUUUUGCAGCAAUUGUUGGAUGAGUUAUUACUGAAAAAUCACAAAGUACUUAUAUUUUCUCAAUUUACUAAGGUACUAGACUUGAUAAAUGAUUGGCUAGUUUACGAGAAUGUUGAGAUAUGCAGACUAGAUGGAUCAAUGAAUCAACUGGAUAGGGAGGAAGAGAUAACGGAAUUUAAUGCCAAAAAUUCGAAACAGCAAGUAUUUUUAUUAUCUACUAGAGCAGGUGGUUUAGGUAUUAAUUUAACUGCAUCGGAUACUGUUAUCAUCUUUGAUAAUGAUUGGAAUCCACAAAUAGACUUACAAGCAAUUGACAGGGUACAUAGAAUAGGUCAAACCAAGCCUGUUAAGAUUUACCGUUUUCUCAUAAAGAAUUCAAUAGAAGAAAUUUUGAUCAGUAAAUCAUAUUCUAAGAGGUUUCUUGAAAAAAUCAUUAUUCAAAUGGGUGAAUUUAAGUUUAAUAAAUUCCAAAAAGUCAUAAAUGAAAAGAACCUUAACUUUAAGAAUUUGGUUAAUUUAUCGAAAAGUUUUAGAAUUAACGGCGAGGUCAAAGAAAACCAAUCCGGUGAUAAUGACUACGAUGUGGAUGAACGAGCAAACGAGAAUAAGUUGACUGAUGACGAAAUGACAGAAUUAUUGGAUAGAAGUAGCGAAUGCUACAGGACAGAAAAGAACUUUGAAAAUGUUUCAGUUUUUGAAACUAUAAAUAAUAUGGAUAAAUAA